AUGGCCAGCAACACCUCUCUUUCCACCAAUUUGUCUAGAGGGAUCCCCUCCGAGUCGCCCACCUACGUGGCCCUGUCCAUCGUCUCCCUGGUGAUAAUCGGGAUUACCUUUGUCCUGGGCAUCCUAGGCAACGGCCUGGUGAUCUGGGUGGCCGGCUUCCGGAUGACACGCACAGUCACCACCAUCUCUUACUUGAACUUGGCCGUGGCCGACUUCUCUUUCACUCUCACCUUGCCCUUCUCCAUGACCACUCAAGCCUUAGGAAGACAAUGGCUGUUUGGCUGGUUCCCGUGCAAGUUCAUCAUGACCGUGGUGGACAUCAACCUGUUUGGAAGCGUGUUUCUGAUCGCUUUCAUCGCCCUGGACCGCUGUAUUUGUGUCCUGCACCCAGUGUGGGCCCAGAACCACCGCACCGUCGGGCUGGCCAGGAGACUGAUCCUUGUGCCCUGGAUUCUUGCUCUGCUCUUCACCUUGCCCGUCAUCAUCCGCGCCACUACAGCGACUAUUCAAGGAAAGACAGUGUGCACUCUGGACUUCUCCCCCUGGACCAAUGACAUCGCGGAGAGGCUGAAGGUGGCCACCACCAUGUACACACUCCGAGGUAUCAUCAGAUUCAUCAUUGGCUUCAGUAUGCCCAUGUCCACUGUGGCCAUCUGCUACGGGCUGGUGGCUGCCAAGAUCCACAGACAAGGCCUGAUAAAGUCCAACCGCCCCUUGCGGGUCCUCUUCUCCGUUGUGGCUGCCUUUUUUGUCUGCUGGUUCCCGUAUCAGUUAGUGGCCCUCAUAGCCACCGUCAGGAUCAGCAACGGCUGGUGGAAUUUAAGUGAGACCUUCAGACUUAUGGUUAACAUAACCAGUGCCCUGGCCUACUUCAACAGCUGCCUCAACCCGAUACUCUAUGUCUUCGUGGGCCAGGACUUCCGAGAGAAGCUGAUCCGCUCCUUGCCUGCCAGUCUGGAGAGGGCCUUGAGUGAGGACGCAGGCCAGACAGAGAGCACACCUGCCAAUUCCACAUCACCUCCUUCGAAUGUUGAGUUAAAGGCAACUUGA